GCCAUUGAAGCGGCAGCUUCCUUUUUCUUCCAUGAAACCACCGAUUUUGUCUCCCGGAGACUUGCAUCGCUUCAGUUCCGCUUCUACGAACCAAGGCGCGGAUCGGGAGGGCGAUUCCGUCGUGGCUAAGUCUACUCAGUCCAAGCGGAAGUCAGACGGAACAGAUCAUGAAGCUGAGACCCGAGAUUCGAUUAAUGUGCCUGGAUACAGUGAAGCAGUGCUCACUUCUGUCCAAACACCUCUCGGGGCGAAAGGGAAGGCUCAAAAAACAUCGAGGUCGGCCAGGUCCAAACAAAAUGGUCCAUCAACUCCUGGUUCGAAUCUAAGUUCUCCUGGUGGCACCAACAAUGCAUUUGGAGCUGCCUGCCGGUACGACAGUUCCCUAGGUCUCUUGACGAAAAAGUUCAUUGCUUUAAUCCAACAGGCGGAAGAUGGGGUUCUUGAUCUGAAUAAAGCUGCCAGCAUUUUGGAGGUUCAGAAGAGGCGUAUAUAUGAUAUUACGAAUGUCUUGGAAGGAGUCGGCCUGAUAGAGAAAAAACUCAAAAACCGAAUCCAGUGGAAGGGCCUUGGGGUCUUAGGUCCAGGGGAGGCUAUUGAAAAUGUUGCCCGUUUGCAGACAGAACUUCAGGAUCUUACCGGCGAAGAGAGACAACUAGAUGAGCAGAUAAGAGCAAUGCAGGAGAGGUUGAGGGGCUUCAGUGAAGAAGAAGAGAAUCGAAAGUGGCUUUUCAUCACCGAAGAAGACAUCAAAAGCUUGCCAUGUUUACAGAACGAAACUCUCAUUGCCAUUAAAGCUCCUCACGGAACCACUCUUGAAGUCCCAGAUCCAGAUGAGGCUGUUGAUUAUCCACUGAGAAGAUACAGGAUGGUUCUAAGAAGUACAAUGGGCCCUAUAGAUGUUUAUCUUGUCAGCCAAUUCGAAGAGAAGUUUGAGGAAAUUCAUCGUGAAGAAGCAAUGCCCAAAGUUCCAUCGAGUUCAGUCCUCACUGCUGAAAUGGAAAACGCAGAAGAGGGAGAACAAAAGGAUCAAAGAACGCGUUCAAGUGCUGACCCCUCCCGGGACUUAAGUACCGGGAUCACGAAGAUCAUUCCCGAUGAUUUUGACGCCGAUGCAGAUUACUGGCUUUUAUCAGAUGCCAGUUUAGGUGUUAGUAUUACAGAACUUUGGCAGAUCGAACCUGACAUGCAAUGGACGGAAUUGGGACCUCUCUGUGAAGAAUAUGCCAUUCCGAGACCCGAGUCUCCAUUGUUCAACCCAAAGGCUGCAACUUCUACAAGCGGGUGAACGGUAUGAGCUGUCAGCUUCGUUUUCUGCAUAACUCGAAAGACUCGGGAGGGAUAAAGAAAAUGGUUGCGAUGUACGUCCUCUGCUCCCUCCUUUCCUGUAUAUCUUGUAGCAUCUCUUUCACUUAUAAGUCAUCUUAAUACCAAAAUGCUUAGAUAUUUGUACGCAAGUGGAAUAGGAAAAGAUAAUCACCGUUCCGAAACAAGGAACUUGACAAGACUGUGUACCUUUGGACCGUGAUUAUCACCAUUGUAUCAGUUGGUAUCAUAUAUAUAUAUAUAUAGAAGAUUAGAGUUUCGAUA